UUGUAAACAAUAGGCAUAAUUUCAACAUUAUUGGUUCAUUUCGGAGAUUGUAUUGAAGAGACAAGCUCACUACAAAAAGUCUUGAGAUAGAAGAGAUUUAUACAUUCAACAUUUGUGAAUAUAGAAGUUGCCCAUGAAAAUUACGUUGCAAAUGUUGUUUAUAGUACUUUGUAAAUAACAAAUCACGUUUUUAACAAAUAACAAUUAAAUGAUCUUAGACAAAUAAAAAGAUGUACAGUCUUUCCAGAAUUUCUACAAAAUUUGACCAUCAUAAAUGACAAUGAUUCUUCUAUGGUUUAACAAAAACUCCCUCUUUUCUAACUUUUCUAACAUCUGUAAACUUAUAAAGCAACAUAUUUGUGGGGUAGAUGAUUGUUGAUGCCUCAUCUCUCAGAAAGAGAAAGUGACUGGAGUGACGUCAUCCACUCUCUCUUUGCUGCGGCCCAGUGGAGGAAUGUGGAACAACCUGGAAAGUUCAUGAAGUUGCUGGUGCUGCUGAACACUCAGUAUAAAGCUGAGCGUCUCACAGCUCUCGAGUCAAAUCUAACAGACUUACGACGCCACAAGAGAGACAGAGCGAUUGAGCAGCAAAACAACACCACAAAAGCCUGCAGUGAAAAUGUUGAGCCUGCAUGGAUUCCAGCCUUCCUUCAGCCCAAUCAUGCCAAUUGACUGUCCAGUGCACAGUCUGUGGCCACAGAUCUCACCUCUUUACAGACACACAGACAUACUGCAGGAGGUGAGGAGCAGCCUGGAGCAGCUGGAGAAACUUCAGCACAAGAUCUUUAAGGAGAUCCAGCAGACGCCACACUCGGAGGAGAUCUACCCAGUCACCUGCACGAUGGAGAAAGAGGGAGAAAGUGGCUUUGCUUUGACGCUGGAUACUAAAGAAUUUUCCCCAGAAGAACUGUCAGUCAAACAGGUGGGCAGGAAGCUGCAGGUCAGUGGAAAGACAGAAAAGCAGCAGGAGGAUGGGAAAGGCUCCUACUCUCACACAGUGCAAGAGUUCAGACGGGUGUUUGAUUUGCCUGAAGGAGUGAACCCCGAGACAGUCACCUGCUCCAUGACUGAUGGAAAGCUCUACAUACGGGCACCAGUGAAUCAGAUAUCUGAAGCACCUGAGAGGAUGGUACCCAUUGACUGCGCUGAAGCUGUAAAGACAGAAAACAACAGCACUGAAAUACACAAGACUGAUCAGCAAUCCUGAAAUCACUGAGCAGAAGCCCUGAUGAUCUCUAAUGGACUGUGUGCUGCUACUGUAUUCAAUAUAUGUGAUUAUCUUUAGUUUUAUAUCAAUCAAUCUUCUUUCAAUAUUGUUUUGUUGUCCAUUAGAAAUGCUUAAGAAGUUCAGUGCUUAAAAUAAAAUUUCCAUUUUUAUUCAAAUGUUUGGAAAUAUCCACAUGGCAGUUUGACCUGUCAGAAAUACACAAUCAGACUCUUUGUCAAGUUGACCAAGCCUACAUUUCUUUUAGUUUUUCAUAGCUGCCUUUAUAAAUGCUUUAUUAACAUUAAAAAUAAAACAGUUUAGGCAAUAAUGAUGAAUGUUAUUGCACAUAUUUAGACAUAUGCAAGAAACUUUAAAGUUUUGGGACAAUUCAUAAUUAUUUUCAUAGAAAAGAACAACAAAUUAAUAAACAUUUCUCACACUUUCUAAUGGACUGUGUGCUGCUAUUAUAUUCAAUAUAUGUGA